UCGAGCUUUUCUGCUCUCCACUUAUAUCCUAACUGCUACUACUGUACCCUAAAGAAUCGAUCAACAUACGUUGUAUGAAAUACAAACACAACCAAUAUGGCAACAACCAUCACUGACAUUACAUCUUCCUCCUUCCGUAACCACUCCUCCUUGUCAUCCUCGUCACAACGACUGUCAUGGUCACCGAACAGCAUGGUGUAUGACGAAAGACGGAAUCACAGCUUACCUAUGAAAUUAAAUAACCCUGAUAGUCCCCAACAUCAGCACUGUCAUCGGCACGGAGAUUGUGGCAUAUCGUCGGGUAUACCGUCGUUGUCACCAACCGCCAAAGAAGACACCCUGUCCUGCAACACUGCUACUUCCGAGAAGUAUGAUCGAUCGGAGAAGGCAGCGGCCCAGGAAGAAAGAUCAAGGGGUCUCCGACACAGAAUUCCAAACAUCUACGUCAAGUGUUCUCAGUCCCUCUUGCUCGAGAAUACUGCUAGCGUGGCCCGCGACCAUCUUGGUACGUUUAAAGGAAGAAAGAGAAAGAGAGAAAGAGAGAGAUAAGACCGCUCAAAAGAAAAUAGCGGCUAUGUGCGCAUAUAGAAAAAAGUUUGUGGAGAGAAAAGAAGAAAAGGAGCGGUGAAAACACACACGGCCCCC